AGUUCCACAGGUUGACUGUGCGCUGUGUGAAGAGGAACUUCCUUUUAUUUGUUUUAAACCUGCUGCCCAUUAAACUUCCCAGGAAACACUCCCAGGAAACACUUCAAGCCUGUUGCUUCCGACUCUUGGCCCUAACUCUGCUUUCCCUGAGCAAGACACUGCUACCCCCUAGUCCCCAUUGUCACUGGUUCUCCCCCACGGUCCAGUCUACAAAUUCCAAUGCCUGGCUCCCUUUCCCUGGCCAGAAAAUCAACGCCCAAAGACCCAACUCCACAACGUAUCCUCUAAACAAGGGAUCAGCUCAGCAGGAGAACAGGAGUGGCAAGCAGAGGAGUUUUUCAGGGCAUAGAUGUCAAUCCAGUGCAUGGAGGUCAAGAGACUUGCUGCACAGGGAUGUUGGAACCAUUAUGAAGCCUCUGCUGAUCCCCUUGACGUACUUCUGUCUUCAGACCUGGCUGGGAAUCCCUCAGGCAAAAUGCCAGGUGGAGCUGAGCAUGAUGGAUGACGCUUUUGAUGACCAAUAUAUAGGAUGUGCUGAAGAAAUGGCUGGAAUUGCACCUGGACUGCUAGAGAAAGAAAAGUCCAUGUCCUCAGUGUUUAGCAGGGUGUGGGAAAACUCAGAACAAAAAUGGGAACUUGUAAAGAAAAAGAUUCCUCUGCCCACAGGCUUUAAAGAUGAGCAUGGAAGAGCCAUAAUAGCCUAUACUGACGAUGACUUUCACCGUGAGUUGAAUGCGGCAGUGAGAGAGGCUGGGAUAUCUCGAGCUCAUUACAUGGCCAGUUUCCAGUUCAAAGCCUUUCAUUAUUAUUUGACAAGAGCUUCACAGCUCUUACGAGGGAGGUGUGAUGUGAUGUACAAAAGGACGGUGUACCGGGGGGUUUCUGCCAGAUUUCAGCACACGGGAUCAGGUCACAUUAGGUUUGGAUACUUUGCCUCUUCGUCUUUUGAUAUAGGAAUAGCUAAGACAUUUGGUACGGACACAUUGUUCGCCAUCCACACGUGCUUUGGUGCUGAGAUCAGGGCCUUCUCUCGCAUUCAGGAGGAGGAAGAAGUAUUAAUCCCAGUCCAUGAGAUAUUCAACAUGUCCCGAGGACAAAGGAAUAACCGCUUUGUCCUCCGGAGCACAAACCGGACCUGCAGCCAUUUUAACUGCGCGUACCUGGGCGGAGAGAAGAACCAAAUAUGUGUUGACAACUCUGGUAAGAAAGAAGCAUUUUGUUUUCAUUGUUUUGACAAUAACUUUCCCUCUGUAUUGAAGUGCAGAGCACAGAGCAACCCCACCAGGCAAACAUGUCAUAUGCAGGGAAACAACUUGAGAAAAAAGUGGGAUGAACUGCACGUUCUGUCUAUUUAUCCAGGUUCUCGUAGGGAGCUCAUGACUAGUAUCUGAGCACCUUCACGUCUGACUCAAUUCCAGGCACAGUUGAUUUCAGAAAAGAAAAUUUAAGGAGAAUAACCCCUUCGAGCCCUAAAGAUUUAUCUUCAGUGUCCUGACCUAUAAGCUGAACACACAUCCCCUAACCCAACACCACAAGUGUGUCUCCAUCUCCCUCCUCUCAUAACUAGCCCCAUUCUAGCCCCAGUGGAACUACAUCCUCUCAAGGUCUAAACAGGACUAUUUUACCAGAGCAGGUCGGAAAAAUCUCAACAAAAUAUUUUCUCCUUGGAAUUUGACAAUUUGUCAAACUCUUCACCUUCUGCAGAGCUGGUUUGAUUUCGACACUGUUCUGUCAGAACGCUGCCUGGGUUCUGGCCAGAUCACCCGCCUGGCUCCUUGGCAGCUUGGCUGGUGGGCUACCGAGGAGUCAUAGACCCCAGGACUUCCAAUGGCCCCGACCCUGGGACAGCCUGCUCGGUGCACUGCCCCAGAGCCAACGCUCCCUUCCCUUGUGUAGAGAAUUUCAAAAUGAUGGUGUUGUUUUUUAUUCCAAGUCAGAACAAAACCAAAUUUUGAAAUAUCAAAAUCCUCCACAAAAUGGAAUGAUCUGCUCUACAUUUCUCCCUAAAGCCAAGAGAACAAACCAACAAACAAACAGAAAUGGUGCUACUGGUGUCUGCAGCCACUGUCUCAUAGACUCAUGUCUUUAUUAUUCAUAACUGGUCUGGAAUACACUUAUGUGGCAGACGACAAGCUCCAAAUCGGAGCCUCUGGGACCGGCUUGGGUGAAACGUGCUCACUAAUGAUUGGUACCAAAGGAACAAGCAGGCUGAGGAGGGAGGAAGCAGGUGAAAUAUCUCACCAGUGAGAUGAAUGUCCCAGGCUGGAGUGUCCUGCUGAGGGGAAUUGGAUUAAUGUCCCUCUGGCAUAACAGGUUUCAGUAGCUGGUGAGCAGGGUACCUGUGUCCAGCUUUAAGGAUCUCUGUCAAUGUGAAAUAAUUUCCUAUCAAUUGUUUGAUCUGCUUUUUCCUA